ACUGCCCUAAGACAACCCAAGAGUUGCUCAACUCCUGCCCACAGCUCCUUUCGACGGAGUCUGCCACCGUAGUCCCUCGACUUCCAGCCAGCCACGGCCAGGAGCCCUCUCCGCGGCGGUGACCCUCGCUGAGCCCGGACUGCGCCUAGAGGCUUCCCAGCGGCUCCUCUGCAGAAAGGCGACAAUGCCUGAGGACGGAACUGCUCGAGGUGCCGUGUGUGCGGAAAGCAGCUCAGCUCAGCUCAUCGCGCUGCGCCGUACUGCCGAUGGCGGCUCACUUCCUGCCGGGAGCUCUCUCCGACGGGCGAGCGAGCGACAGCGGCUCCUCGCUGCCGCCUUACUGGCCCAGCGGCUAGUAAUUCUGACUGGUCGCCGGCCUCAGCGGCAUACGACGCCCUCACUUCGCAGCCGCUUGUUGUUGUCGGGGCUCCCCGCAGCUGCCGCGAGGGCGGGCCGCACGGGGAGCGGGGCGGGGCGGCCAAUCAGGCAGCGCCCCCGCAGCAGUUACGCUAGCGGCGUGAGGGGAGGUGCGAGUGCGUUGAUGUUUCCCUCCCCGGCGGGAGGGGGGAGGAGCGGCGAAGGGGGCGCGCGGCGGAUUUCUCGCGCGGGAGUGCGCGCACGGCCUUUGCGGGUUCGGGACCGGACGAUGGCGUUACGGGGCACUCGGUGGCCCCGGGCCCUCCUGCGCCUGCUGGUAGCCGCGGUCCUUCUGCCUGGGGCGGCCGCAUUACAAUGUUACUGCCAUCUAUGCACAAAAGACAACUUUACCUGUGUGACGGAUGGGCUUUGUUUCACCUCAGUAACGCGGAUUGCAGAUAGAGUUGUACACAAUAGCAUGUGUAUAGCAGAAAUUGAUCUGAUUCCCCGAGACAGACCGUUUGUUUGUGCACAGUCCUCCAGAGAUGGAGUUACUACUGUGCCUCAUUGCUGUGACAAAGACCACUGCAAUAAAAUAGAACUUCCAAUUCCAACGCCAGGUCCUACUCCAGGAAGGCCAGCUUCUAGUCUAGGACCUGUGGAACUGGCAGCUGUUAUUGCUGGACCUGUCUGCUUUGUAUGCAUUUCAUUGAUGCUGAUUCUGUAUCUUUGUCAUAACCGUACUGUAAUUCAUCAUCGUGUGCCAAAUGAAGAAGAUCCUUCGUUGGAUCGUCCCUUUAUAUCUGAAGGAACUACUUUAAAGGAUUUAAUUUAUGACAUGACAACUUCAGGCUCUGGGUCAGGUUUACCUUUACUUGUGCAAAGAACAAUUGCAAGAACUAUAGUACUCCAAGAAAGUAUUGGUAAGGGUCGCUUUGGAGAAGUAUGGAGAGGGAAAUGGAGAGGAGAAGAAGUUGCUGUGAAGAUCUUCUCUUCAAGAGAAGAGCGCUCAUGGUUUCGAGAGGCAGAAAUCUAUCAAACAGUUAUGCUACGGCAUGAAAACAUUCUUGGAUUCAUAGCUGCGGACAAUAAAGACAAUGGUACAUGGACUCAACUGUGGUUGGUAUCAGAUUAUCACGAACAUGGAUCACUCUUUGAUUACCUGAACAGAUAUACAGUAACCGUGGAAGGAAUGAUAAAAUUAGCUUUGUCUACUGCCAGUGGCCUUGCUCAUCUUCACAUGGAAAUUGUAGGCACACAAGGCAAACCAGCAAUUGCCCACAGAGAUUUGAAAUCAAAAAACAUAUUGGUAAAAAAGAAUGGAACAUGCUGCAUUGCAGACCUGGGGUUGGCAGUUAGGCAUGAUUCAGCUACAGACACAAUUGACAUUGCUCCCAACCACAGAGUAGGAACAAAAAGGUACAUGGCACCUGAAGUUUUAGAUGACUCCAUAAAUAUGAAACAUUUUGAGUCAUUCAAACGAGCAGACAUCUAUGCAAUGGGAUUAGUAUUUUGGGAAAUAGCUCGUCGAUGUUCCAUCGGUGGAAUCCAUGAAGAUUACCAGUUGCCAUAUUAUGACCUAGUUCCUUCAGAUCCUUCUGUUGAAGAAAUGAAAAAAGUUGUUUGUGAGCAGAAGUUAAGGCCCAAUAUUCCAAACAGAUGGCAGAGCUGUGAGGCAUUACGAGUAAUGGCAAAAAUCAUGCGGGAAUGCUGGUAUGCCAACGGAGCUGCUAGGCUAACAGCCUUGCGUAUUAAGAAAACACUAUCACAACUUAGUCAACAGGAGGGGAUAAAGAUGUAAUCCUGGAUUUGCUACCAAAAGCAAAACAAAAAUACUGUUAAAAUCCAUAUCUGCACCAGAGUGGCGUGUUAACAAGGUUAAUUGUUCUACCUCAGUGGGGGAACAGAAGGAUAUUGCUGCCUUUUAAUACUUCAUAGGAACGUCAUUUACUAGGAUUUCUGUGGAUGUUCUAAGCAGUUGUUUUCGGUCCUGUCUGUGCACUAUGAACCUCUUUCUGAGGUUACUUAUAAAACAUCAUGUAGACUAGUUUUACUUUCAUUAACCUAUGAUUUUGUAUUUGGAAAGUUCAUAGCUGGUCUUAAUUUCUAGUAAUUACUGAAGAUGACAUGACUUCUAAAAUGGAAAUGGUUCACUGUAUUGUUCUAGAGUGCAUUGAUGGCUUCUUAAGCAACAUUAUUCCUGCCUGGUACAUUGAGUGUUCUGAACCACUGUUAGAGUUCUUUGAUUCAGAUUUUGAAUGUACUGUGGGAGUAUGCUUUGCUACCCAUUAAGGUUGUAUGUCUUUUGGAUGCUUACCUUUAUUUGCGAAUUGACCUCAUUCAGUAGUGGGGAACGUAAAUUAUGCAUCUGUAUACAUGAUUACUGUUUUCUUUUUCCAUAUUUUCAAAACACUACAUUGCCUUCAAAAUAGAUUGUAUUAUAUCAGUAAGUGCUGCUUUUGAGUCUUUUAAUGCAUACCAGCAAGUGUACGAAGCCCAUGGUAUUUUUGAUUUCAAAGAAUGAAUUGUUCCUUUCCCUAGCAAGAUUUAAUUCACACUCAUUUCAGUAAGUGAGUAUAUAAUUUGUGGAAUACCUUAAAUUUUACCUAAAUCUGACUCUUUAAACCACUGUAUGAGUUUCAGAUCGUGUAAACUGGUUAAUUCACUGUCACAUUUUGUAAUUAUGAAGUCAUGAGUCAUAAUUUAAGAUUUAUCAUGUGGUAAUUCCAAAAUGUUGAAGCACCCAUCUACUUCCGAAAAAUAGGAAGAAAAUUAAGAUGAUUAAGGGAGAUUUUCUUCCUUCAAAUCAAAUAAUAGAAGCAUAUUUUCUGUGUGGUUCUGUGGAGACUUUAGGCUUAAAAACUAAUAUUUGCAAUUAAAUGAGCAUGAAGUGUACUUGUAACUAGGGAGACUUAUUUAGGCUUUUGUACAAGAAAGCUAGAAGCUGCCUGUAAAUCUUACGUGCGUAUUUUUGUGUGUGUCACAUAGGAAGAAAGUGUUGAGCUACAGAAACCAGUGAGCUGAAGGACUUCAGAUACAAAUACUAGGGGAUUCCAUUAAUGUUCUUCAGAGUUAGAAGAACAAGACUUAUGGUGGCUUGUGGUUAUCAUAAGAAUACAGAAGAGUAUGUCUGGCUUUAGUCAAGCUUUGCCUGAAAUUGUAGGGACAUCACAACAUUUUCACAAGCUUAUUUAGAAAUUGAAUUCCUUUCUGCCCAACUUCUAAAUGAGAAUAGGGGAAUCUGUGUGGAAAACUUUUUAAAACUGUUGUUUCCAGAAUAUGUUUUAAUUGCAUUGUUAGUAAAAGUCUGGUUGAUCUUUGGCUUCCUUAAUGCCUACCAAGAUUUCUGUUCGUAAAUGUGCCUGGAAAUUAGUAUGUUAUGUAACAGUUAACCUUUUCCUCUCUGGGAGUAUCCUUGGCAAGCAACACACAGCAACCUUAAUUCUGCUUUCUUUUUGUUUUUCAGCAUAUAGUUCCUUGAAAGUUUUUCACAAAGCUAGUAGGGAUGGCAAGGUGAUUGCUAACAGUAGCAUAGCUGAGAUUGUGCCCCUUUGUCUGUGAUACACAAUUGUUAACAGCAGUAAGAUGGGUGGGUCCUAGUAAAAGGGCUACAUAGGUGGCAAAACACUUCGCCAAGGCUUAGCAUUAGCUAAGUCUUGAGUAGUUCCAAAUUCUUAAUGCUUGCUUGGAGAUGGGUUUAAAUGAUGUGGAAUUACAGACUGGCAGAGGUUGAACUGCAUGUAAUUAAAUUCUUUCUUCAGCCGCCGUUGUGGAUGAGUUUAGAAAACAGAAAACAAUAAAAGAGAAGUUCUUAGUAGAAAACAGUUGGGUUGAAACGUUCGUAUCAGUCAAAGUUAAAUCAAAAUGACUUCACAUAGGGAUUUUAAACUACCUUUAUGCAAAUGACCAGCAGUGUGCCACAGAGUUUUCCAAUUAUGACCAUUAAACAAAAUGACUGAGUACAACUAAACUCACCAUUCUACUUACUUGGUGUGCCCCUUUAACACAUCCUAUAGAUGUAGAAAAAUACUUACAGAAAGCAGGUCAUCAUCAAAGGAGGACUUACUAUUAGCUCCAUAUUAAUUUUAAAGACUUCCUAUUUAAAUGAUGUUAAACUUUGAGUUUGUCAUAGCUUUACUUGGUUCUUUAUCAUAGAUACAAAUGGUAUAGUUCAUAAUUUAGAAACAUCAUGCCAUGGGAAGGACACUCAAUACUGUGUGACAUUAUGAAUAUUAUUUUGGGACAACUAUGUUCAUAUUGGAAUGCAGUACAGGAAAAUUCUGAAUAGAUCUGUAUGUAUCCUCAGUUCGGAUACCACAACUUCAUGCUGUGUUCUUCUUUUACAUUAUGAAAAACUGAACACCUUUUACAAAGGCUGUGUCUGUAUAUAUUACAUAACUUUAAAUGUUACCUGUGCAAGAUCAUAUCUUGUAUGUAUGGAAACAGGUACACAUAAGUAUUUUUUAAAUUAAGAUUGUAUUAUCACCGGAUCUGCUCUUGGAAAUCCAGGGGGACCAAAAUAUUUUAGCAUUCAAAAUACUAAUUUUAUAUCAUUUCAAGUAUAUACCAAAACAGUUUGAAUAUUGAUGCAAAUGUUUAUUGUAAAUAUACGUACAUUAUAUGUUCACUUAAGUUUAUGGAUUCAAUCAAUUUGAUAUUUUAGUAUUGGAAGCCUUGGCGAUCAGUUGGAUGCAUACUGACAUGUAGAAUAAGGAGUGUUGAAAAUUCUCUGAUGCUGAAAAGCCCAAAAUACUGCUUUAUGUAAUGCUGGAGUUCUUCAAGGACCUUCUAAUAUUGAAAGCUGGAAUUCUGAGAUGUUUAUCAAGCUGAUUUUUCCAGGCAUGAUGACAUACUGUCACCCUCCAGUGGUUUCACUUGUAAUCCUGAGAAAGACUUUGUAUAUACAAACAUUGACUGUAUGGGAACAUGAAGGUGUCAAAUGAAUAAGAGGCUAUAUUAUAUUUUCAAUAAUGGUUCUGAAUGUGAUUGCCAUAAAAUUCAGCUUUUAGUUAGUUCCUUGUUUAUACUGUUCCACUGAAAUUAUUGUAAGGUGUUAAUCAUUUUCUGUUUCAAAAAACUAUAUCAGUUGCUUUAAACUGUAAUUACCUCUUAAAAGGCCAAGGUAUAUUUACCUCGUGUAUAUAAUGCUUAAUAUUUUUCAGAACACUUUCCAAGUUUGCAGUUACAUGUUUCUAGAAAUAUGGCUAAUCCUAAAUUUUUAGCUUCAGCGGUACUAAAUGUAUUAUCACGUAUCCCAAAACACUUUCAUAUUCUGUAUUUUAUUGUAUUAGCAAGUCUGCUGCUUUGAGUGUAGCACCUAACCCUUUACAUAGCUGUGUGGAUGGAUACUGCCUUGUAAAUUUUACUUCUUGGAUGAUAAAUUUGAUGAUCCUGUACAGAUGACUGUCAUUUUUUUAAACCUUAGAAAGUUGUGUAUUUCCCCUUACAUUUCUGAAAAUGUAUUGUAUUUUUGGAGUAUAUAUUUCAGUGGAUUGUAAAUAGGAUGACAGUAGAAGAGUGGAUGCUUAUAUUAGGUGCUAACACUACAACAGAGAGAUUAAAGGAGUGAAAAUGUGUAUA